AUGAGCAAGCGGCAAAAGAUCAAGAGAGCCGACCCCCUGAACACCCCUAUUCAGCGAUACAAUGGAUCGAUUCGCGCCAUCAUUGACAAGGCCAUUACGGAACCCAAUUCACUGCCGCUCGUUGCCAUGAUCAACAUCUUGUUUAUUUGCUUUUCAUAUUUCCAUAAAAAUUUAGAAACAGCCGCGGCACAAAUUAAAAGUGGGAUCGGCCUUCUCCAAAAGUACCGAGAAACCCAAGGAGUCGUAGCACCCUGGGGCACCAGCUACGCGUCGUUCGAGGCGCGUGAUCCUGGCAGAUCAAUUCGAGACCCUGUACGAGACCAGGACACAGUUACAAUAUUCGAUCAUAUUCAAAUGGGUCUUGGUCGAUGGAGGUGCGAUUUCGAUGACCUGAUCCACCUGCAAAAGCGCAAAUGGAACAAUCCUCAACGCCGAGCAGCCGACAUGAUUCGAAUAAUAUCACUUGGUACAGGCUACAGCGUCACACCCUAUCGGGUAGUCUGUGGAUGCGAUUGGAACGCGCACCGCGCCAUGGACGACGAGUGGAUCGAGCUCACCACUCGCACAUCAAUCGCAGGUCACUCGUAG